AUGGCUGACCUGGACGCCACGGCCGGCCCGACAUGGGACUACAUCGCCAAGCUGGUGUGCAUCGGCGACUCGGGAUGCGGAAAGUCAAGCCUGACCGUCCGGCUCUGCGAGGGUCGCUUCGUCACGCACCACGACGUGACCAUCGGGGUUGAGUUUGGGAGCCGCGUCGUCCCCGUGGGCCCGCCAUACAGCCGGAGGUUAGCAGCGGCGUCAACGUCGUCGUCGUCGUUACACUCCCGUCCCGCAACCGCAGACGCAGACUCCACGACGCCGGCCGCGGGUGGCCUGCCCGCGCCGCCCCGGCCACCCGCGUCCGACCCUCCGCAGAAGCACAUGAAGCUGUCUCUGUGGGACACGGCCGGGCAGGAGACGUACAAGUCGGUGACGCGCUCCUACUUUCGCGGCGCGUCGGGCGCCCUGCUCGUCUUCGACCUUUCGCGCCGCCAGACCUUUCAGCACGUCACCGACUGGCUAAACGACCUCCGCCAGAUCGCCGAGGAGGACAUUGUGGUGGUUUUGGUCGGCAACAAGGCUGAUUUGACGCGUACCAGCAGUAGCGGCGGUGACGGCGGGUCUGGGGCCGACGACGUACCCAACAAGCGCGAGGUGACACGGGAGGAGGCCGAGGCUUGGGCUAAGCGGAAUAAUGUGCUGGAAUACGUUGAGACGUCGGCAAAGAGCGGCGAGAACGUCGAGAUGGCAUUCAUGCGCGUCGCUGAGCGCAUCUUUCAAAAUAUAGAGGCUGGAAAGUAUGACCUGAAUGACAGGCGGUCAGGUGUCAAGGGUCCAGCCGCCACUGUACCUGGGGCGAGGACGCUCCAGCUACAGCCCGACCCACGGAGAGGCUCAAGCUUUGGCUGCUGUUGA